GACAGAUUAGGUAGGCGAAACAUGGACUGUACAGUGGUAAACAACGUGAAAGCCGCCGCUAGAAGAGGCAAAGAAGUCAAGAAAGUGCUGAGAAAACAGCUGAAGGCCAGUCACACUUUACUAAAGCAUGAAGGCAUCAGUACAGCAUCGCAGCCUACCAAGAAUUUGGUGGUGGCUAACGGAGGCUUGGGAAACGGUGUCAGCCGUGAGGACCUCUCUGCCGCAAUGAAGCAGUUUGGAGACGUGGAAAGUCUGUUUAUGCCUCCUCAGAAGCCCUAUGCUUUUGUCACGUACAGAUCAGAAGAUGAUGCUCGGAAAGCUCACACCCAACUUAACGGGCAGAAGCUCCAGUCUGGGGAGAACAGCGUUACUCUUUAUCUCAGUUAUGUUGAUUCAGAAAAGCAUAAAGAGGAAGUGUUGGUCCGUUUUCCUGAAGAAUUAGCCCUAGUGGAGGAUUUUGUGUCUCCAGAGGAGGAGAUUCUGCUCCUCGCUGCUGUGGACUGGUCAACUUCUAACCAAGCUCAGAAAGCUUUGAAACACAGGAGAGUGAAGCAUUAUGGCUUUGAAUUUCGCUACGACAACAACAAUGUGGACAAGGACAAACCAUUACCUGCAGGUCUUCCUGAGGAGUGUCUGCCUGUUUUGCAUCGAUGUCUGCAGGAUGGACACAUUAACGUCCUGCCUGACCAGCUGACUGUUAACCAGUAUGAGACUGGACAGGGUAUCCCCCCUCACAUUGACACCCACUCUGCCUUUGAGGACACCAUCCUAUCUCUGAGUCUCGGGGCAAAGACGGUGAUGGAGUUUCGUCACCCAGACGGCCGAGUUGUUCCUGUUGUGUUGCCUGAACGCAGCCUGCUGGUGAUGAAGGGGGAGAGCAGAUACCUCUGGACACACGGGAUUACCCCACGGAAGUUUGACCUGGUGCCAGCUUGUGAGACACAGUCGGCUGAUCAUUCUGAGCCCAACCUCGUUUCCCACGGCGGUCUCACUUUGAGCAAGAGGGGCACCCGCACUUCCUUCACUUUCCGCAAAAUCAGACACAAACCCUGCUGCUGUGCCUUCCCCUCUGCCUGUGACAGUCAGGGAGGAUCCUCCCCAUGCCCGCCAUCUCAGCCCUCUCUUCCUAGUUGCCACGCUGACGCAACCCGUUUGGAGGAGGAGUACGUGCACCGGGUGUAUGACGCCAUCGCCUCUCACUUCAGCAGCACUCGCCACACUCCAUGGCCCCGCGUUUGCCACUUCCUGUCCGCGCUCCAGCCUGGAAGCGUGCUGGCCGAUGUGGGCUGUGGAAACGGGAAGUACCUGGGGGUUAACCCGCAGCUGAUCACGGUGGGAUGUGACCGCAGCAGCUCUCUGGUCCAAAUCUGUGCAGAGAGAGGUUUCAACGCGUUUGUAUCUGAUGCUCUUAGCGUCCCCCUGCGAACGGACUCAUGUGACGCCUGCAUCUCUAUAGCUGUUAUACACCAUUUUUCCACACAGGAGCGUCGGCUGGCAGCUGUGAGGGAGCUGGUCAGGCUUCUAAAACCUGGAGGUCAGGCGCUCAUCUAUGUUUGGGCCUAUGAACAAGAGUACAACAAGCAGAAAUCUAAAUACCUUAAAGACCACAACAAACCGCAGAAUGGAGAGAAAAGUAAAGACAAACCAGAGGAGGGCCAGGAACCGCAUGAAGAGCCCAGUGUCCUCACCACCAGCCAUUUGGACAACAACUAUAUUGGAGGCUUAAAAGAUGACAGCAAAAUGACCGAAAGCAAGCUUAGUGUUCACACUAACCGCACAGCCUUUAAUUCCCAGGACCUUUUGGUUCCCUGGCACCUUAAAGGGAGGAAAACACGAGGGGAAGAAGAGUUCAGUUCUGGUUUGCACACCACAAACUGUCCAGACUCUAAACUCAGUCCAAGUGUUGACACUUCUCAGGUUCCUGGUGGGAGUUCAGUCCCUGUUUUUCAUCGCUAUUACCAUGUCUUCCAGCAGGGGGAGCUGGAGCAGCUCUGCAUUGAGGUGACCGGAGUCGAAGUGCAAACCAGCUAUCAUGACCAAGGAAACUGGUGUGUUAUAUUACAGAAGGAAUAACAUCUUAAACUAAAUUUAAGUGCUCAUACGCAGUUUUUAAUUGAACAAUUUUGGAAAUUAAUCAGCUCGGAUAAAUGAUCUCUGAGGCUUUCUAAAUAAGUGAAAGGAGGAUCUUGCUGAAUAUUUGCUUCUGUGGAAAUGUAUACUCAUCGGUUUUAGUUGUCCUGCCAAUAAAAGACAAGUUUUCAAGGAAUGCUUUAUGCAUAA